ACUGUACACACGGCUGAGGCUCGGAUAUUCUAGAUUCAACAGAUAUAUACGUGAUGUAUGGUGUCAAAGCUGAGACCAUACAAAGCAAGGUCAAACCCGGGCUUCAACAUGAAGCUCUCUUUUCCAAAGCAUUCUUGAUUAAAAGCCAUUCAAAAGAUUUCAUGCCCAACCGCUUGAGUUCGUCACCAGCCUCAGCCCACAGAUUUGGCAUUGCCGCCAAAGCGUCUAGCGUUUCACCAUUGACAACUCCAAAUUCAUGAAGAAUGGGCAACAGGGCAGGCUGAAGAGGUUUUACACUCUGAAGGAAGGCAGCAACAGGGCAUACUUGCACUUCUGGCUCAGACUGCGUAGUUAGACUAGGUGGGGAAGGCUGAGGCUGCCGUGGAGGGUUGGGAACGUGGGCUGGCUCAUUGAAUGUCGAGGAUGAACUUCCGGACAUGAUGGGCUGAGGCGACGGAGAGAGCCUCUCUCGCUUCGCCUGCAACGUCAUAGGAGUUUGGUCUGAGGUUUGCUAUCAAACAAGUCAAAACCCAAAUGAACAGAAGCGUUAGUCCAAAAACUCACAGCUUCUUGCUCAACAUCCAGCUCCUCGGGCGAAAUUUCCUCCUCGAAAUCGGUAAGGGAUGAAAGAGACGAUGUGACCUAGAGAUGUGUAUGUAAUGAGUAAUUGGGAACGUCGAUAUGAGGGCUUACACAAACUCUCGACUUCCUCUUCUGACUCUGCCCUCCUGAAACGCACGUCGUCAUUGUUUUCAUGCUUACUUCUGACUUCCACUCCCGUCGAUUCAACUUUCGGAAAUGCAAGUAUUUUUGUUUCAUCGACAUUGACAAUAUCUCCUACUUUCCCCUCCAGGUACAGGGGAUCAUUGGCGAGGUUGUCGCCAUAAUCAUUCCUGACCGCGUAUACAUAACCUCUCUCUUCGCAUCCCACGUAAUUGACGAUUUCUAUGGGGCCCCACAGGCCUCGGCUAUGAUAAUAUCGGAUUUGAGCCCUUUGUGUACGUGUUACAUUUGGGAUUUUGGGUCUGGAUACGGUCAACUAUCAGCAGACUUCCGGCGGGGUCAAACAAAUUGACCACGAACUGCGGGGGUUCAUGAGAUCUCAAAAUCGGCCCACUAUACGGUGAAGCCCGAAUGUCAACAUCAUUGGUAUCCUCCUCAGUUAAAUGCGACGAGUAACCUAAACAACUCUUCCGAGCAUGCCUCUGAUAAGAUGAAAUCAAAA